UCUGUACACGUAGAUCUACAUGAUGGUACACAAGAAGACACGUGGUUACAAUUAUUAUCAAUCAUUGUAUCAAGAAGUUUACAGAAGGGCUAUGAGGGCAAGAAUGGCGGCUGAGAGGCGAUUGAAACAACUGGGAAGACUCCUCAGUCCACCACCACGUCAAGCAAAGCAGCUACUACACACUGGGACCCACAAACUGUCUGGCUCAUCAGUCGAGAUUGAUGGCAUCAGAUUAACUGUAGAUGUACCUUCUAAUCCUGAAAUGGUCCCUAAGCUAUAUUUAAACAAGUCUCCAUCACAGAGUGUAUUGCAUCACCUCAAGUGGAUGAUUUCGAAAGAUCUGAUUGGUCAAGAUAUGUACUUGUUGAGUCCUCCAGGGCCUUACCCUCGUCAUCUCGCCCUCUCUUUUGGUGAGCUGGUCUCACGAGAGGUAGAGUUUGUGAGUUUGUCUCGAGACAGCACUGAAGUUGAUAUGAAGCAAAGAAAAGAGAUUAUUAAUGGCAGUGUCACUUACGAAGAUCAGGCAGUUGUUCGUGCAGCCAUUAAUGGUCGGCUCCUGAUCCUGGAAGGCAUUGAGAAAGCUGAGCGUAAUGUCUUACCUGUUUUGAACAAUCUCUUGGAAAAUAGAGAGGCACAGCUUGAUGAUGGGAGGUUCAUUGUGUCUCACGAAAGAUACGAUCAACUUGCUGCAGAUCAUUCAGUUGAUGAUUUGAAUUCAUGGAAGUUGCUUAGAGCCAGCGAAAAGUUUAGAGUAAUAGCAAUAGGUCUACCUGUACCGCCUUACCACGGGAACACUUUGGAUCCACCUCUUAGAUCAAGAUUCCAAGCAAGGCAUAUUCUCCCUGUUCCAUUCCCUGAAGCUUUAGAAGAAUGCAAACAAGCUUAUCCUAGCAUCUCAGAACAAAACCUCUCCAUUGUCCUCUCUAUUGUAUAUACAAUACUAUCUAUGACCCAAUCUCAUUCUGGCGGUCCUAUUAAUCUUACUGGACAGUUAGACAGACUGCUAACUAUAUUGUCCAAUGAUCCAUCAAUUGGUCUCACUCGGUUAAUCGAGUCUAUCUAUCCAUCAAGACUAUUAUCAAGUGGACAACUUUUGGAGGGAAUAUUGGAAAAAUUUGGACCCUCUUUUAUUACCUCGUCAGCAGUCACAGUAUCUAGUGAGCGAGCUCCUCUUGUUGAAGGAGGUGGUUUUGUCCCUCUUCCUUCUCACAGCUCUUGUCUUAAUUUUAUGAUGCAGUGUCAGUCGGUUGGUGACUUGUGUAUAGUAGGAGAGAAGGGCAGCGGUAAAACAAUGUUGAUAAGCCAGUUAGCAAAGACACUGGGUUAUUCCAUAGAGCCAAUAGUGUUAUAUCAAGACAUGAGCUCAAGGGACCUGCUACAGCAGAGAAUAACUACCAGCAAUGGUGACACUGGGUGGAGGAUGAGCCCAUUAAUCACAGCUGCUGUUAAUGGAUCCAUGGCUGUACUGGAUGGGCUACAUAGGCUUGAUAGUAGCACUGCAUCAACUCUUAAGAGGCUGGUACAAGAUCGUGAAGUUGAUUUGACUGACGGUACAAGGUUGUUGAGACAUGAUAGGUUUAUUGAGGCGAUAAAUGUAUCUGGACUUACAGAACAAGAAAUGAGAGAAAGAAAAAUAUUUCCUAUUCAUCCUAAAUUUUUUAUUGUUGCUGUUGGUGAGGCGACUCCCACUCAACCCAACGAUUGGUUGACCCCAGAACUGUUGUCAAUGUUUCAAUUUGUGAAUGUCUUGCAAUUACCAAAAGAGGAAGAGAAAAGGCUCAUACAAAUAAAAGUCCCCAGUUUAUCUUCUAAUGUCAUUGAUAAAUUAUUGAACUUUACUCAUUUCCUAAGGCAUUCUGAUGAUCCUACAUUAGUUGCACUUUCUUCUUCGCUAUCAACAAGACAGCUGCUACGCAUUGCUCAUCACUUGGCUCAUUAUAGCGAUGGAAAAGAAGGGGAUCUUUUUGGAUUAAUACUAAAAGCAUCUUUAUCAAGGUUCUUGCCUCCAGUUGCUAAAUCUGCUCUCUUUCGAGCUUUGACUUCUAAUAAUAUUCAUCCCUCACCUUCUCCUGUUUCAGAUAAUGAUAUGCAAUAUUCAAGGGCUAAUGGGUUACUAAGAAUCGGUAGCACCAAAGUACCUAUCCAUGCUCCUACUAGUGACAUAGCCAUGGUACCCGAUGUCACUUUUUACGAUAACCCACUGCAUGUACGCAUAAUGGAGGACAUGUUAAAGGAUUACAGUUUGGGUGAGCAUCUCUUACUGAUUGGUAAUCAAGGAGUUGGUAAGAAUAAGCUAACUGAUAGGUUCCUUCACCUUAUGAACUCCCCAAGAGAAUAUCUUCAAUUACACAGAGAUUCUACAGUUCAAACACUAACAACUCAGCCAUCAGUUAUUGAUGGAAGAAUAACAUAUCAAGACUCUCCUUUGGUUCGUGCAGUGCAGUAUGGUAGAGUAUUAGUAGUUGAUGAAGCAGAUAAAGCUCCCACUCACGUCACUGCUAUAUUGAGAAACAUCGUCAAUGGAGAAUCAAUAACUCUAUCAGAUGGAAGAAAGAUUAUGCCAAAAGGGUCUCCUUUACAAGUAUGUGAUGAUACUAUUCCAAUUCAUUCUGACUUCAGGAUGAUAGUCUUGGCCAACAGACCAGGCUUCCCUUUUCUAGGCAAUGACUUUUAUGCAGCAGUAGGUGAUUGUUUUAGUUGCCAUGCUGUUGAUAAUCCUGACUUUGAGUCUGAAAUGUCAAUGGUGUCGCAAUAUGGUCCUGAUGUACCGCAAAAGAUCCUGCAAAAGCUAGUCUCUGCAUUUUCCGAUUUAAGAGAAAUGGCGGACGAGGGAAGAAUAUCCUAUCCUUACUCCACCAGAGAAGUUGUUAAUAUCGUCAAGCAUAUGCAGAUGUUUCCAAAUGAAGGAGUAUCCACUAUUGUCCGCAACGUGUUUGAUUUUGACAGUUAUUCCUCACAUUUAUUGGACACUGUCAUAUCAACGCUUCAUAAACACGGGAUACCACUUGGAGCUAACAGAAAGAAUGUUAGACUAGCUACAAAGGAUCCUUUACCAGCCUUGGCUCUUGCUAAUACAUUCAAUAUUGAUACUUCAAAUUAUCAGAAAUUAAAGUAUGAGCAAACAAAAAUCAAAUUGACCGAUGGUCAGAAGUUGCCUGUGCAGUCAAUACCGUGUGAGAGAGAUGUUAUUCGGAGUAGAUUGUUCUCAGAAAUAAAAUCUCAGUGGGUCAUCCCUCUUCAUGAAUCAGAUGACAUAUCAUCAAUAUGUACAUCAACUGAUAAUAAGUCUGGUGGUAAUCUCCUACACGUGAUAACACAUGUCUUGCCGUCCAUUUAUACACUCAAUAUUAAUAAUGACACACUCUCCUAUAUUGAUCUGUUUAAUUACCUACCAUCAGGCAGGGGUCCCGGGCACCCUCUAAUAUCACUGACUGCUCUGGACCCUGUGGAUAACGGACCACACGGAGGGAAAAUAUUGAUACACGAAGGCUUUACUGGUAUCUUGUAUUUAUUGGAUUCAAGUAAUGCUAAUCUUUCUAAAGUUCUCCUUCCGACUUCUAAUGUUUCUGGAAGAUUCCUUGGGUCUUGGAGAGGAAAGAAGAAAGAUGAUAUAUCUCUCUUGUCAAAGUGUCCUAAUGGUAAUUCUGUCAUCAUUUAUCAAAGAGGAAGUAAUGUUGUGAGUCAUUUGGAUUUCAGCUCUACGUCUCCAUUGUGCUCCAGUCUUAGUCUCCCUGUCUCUAUUCACUCACUGCUACCCAUAUCAACUAAUACUGGGAACAAGUGGCUCUUAAUUGAUACUAAUAAAAGAAUUCACUUUCUCUAUAAUUCCUCACCACAAGUGACAUUGCCUGAUUCUAUUUCACCGCUAAUUAAUGGGCCAACUAAUGAAGAUCAAUUAUUAUCAUUAUCAUCAAUCCCACUGCCUCAGCUUAUGUCUUCUUCCAUUUCACAUAAUGAAUCGGUGUACUUGGCAUCAACAGAGUCAUCUCCUCUCUCUUGUUUAACAACAAAUCCUCAAGAUUCAACUAUGAAGCUAUUCCAAGUGACUCAGUUUGGUCCUUCAUCUCAAUAUGAUGAUAUCACUCAUCUCCCUAAAGAUGGCUCCAUUGUUACAGCAACCACGACUAAGUCGGGCGGCAACAGCAAGAAUGUGACACAAUAUUUGUCAGUUUUUGACAUCCCCAACUCAACCCACUGGAAAAUAGAACUGCCCGAAUGGAGUAAUAGUUCUUUAUAUUCGUUGCCAAGGAGUGUGUCUAAUGUCUUCACAGCAUCAGUGCCUAAUGAUAGUGCAGUACUAGCAGUUAAUGAGAGAGGGACUGUCUCACUUAUUGAGACAAACCACUUCUCGCUACAAAGGUCAUUGGAUGAAUGGUAUUCCAUGGUUGGCAAUAGUACUGAUGAUAGACAACUAUUCAUAUCUAGAGACAGUGGCCUUGGUGUGUCCUUACCAAAACAUGGAAAAGUUGAUCCAAAUAAUGCCCCUCAUGUGGGCGGUAAUACAUGGGCAGGAGGUACAGGAGGGAGGGAUACAGCUGGUUUGGGUGGUAAAGGUGGACCCUAUCGACUGGACGCUGGACACAAUGUCUACCAGUUGUCAGAUGAAGAGAAAAUGGCCGUCCCUGAGGAAGUCAGACAGGCAGCUAGGGAAUUGGGACAAAAAGCUUUGAGGGAAAGAUUACAAGAGAUAGCAAUGAGUGAACAUGACCAUAAUGCAUUCACACAGUUGAGGGCUCGGAUACACAAACAAGUCGAAAUGUUAAAGGCUAUACUGGAAAGCACUCAAUCAAAGAGUAAUGAGAGACAAUGGCUGAGACACCAGACAGACGGAGACCUUGAUGAUAGAAAACUAGUAGACGGUCUGACUGGUGAGAAAGCAGUCUAUAGAAAAAGGGGAGAGAAAGAACCUGAGUUUGGCCAUUCGUCCAAUGUCCGUAAGUCCAUUCGACUGGUAGUUGAUGUUAGUGGGAGCAUGUAUCGAUUUAAUGGGUAUGACGGCCGACUGGAUAGGACACUGGAGGCUGUUCUGAUGGUCAUUGAAGCAUUUGAGUCGUACAGCAUGAAGUUCAAGUUGGAUAUUGUUGGUCAUUCUGGAGAUUCUGCUGAGAUACCUUUCCUUUCCUCUGAGAGUCCACCUGUGAAUGAAAAAGAAAAAAUGGACAUCUUGAAGUCAAUGCAUGCUCAUUCUCAGUUCUGUUGGUCUGGUGACAAUACUCUAAAGGCUACAGCAACUGCCAUAUCCACCAUCAGAUCAGACUCUGUACCUUCUCAAGAGUCCUACGUCAUUAUUUUAAGUGAUGCUAACUUUUCUCGCUAUCGUAUAAGUCCAGUUGAGUAUGGGAGGUUGAUCCUCUCUGAUCCUCAUGUGAAUGUUUUUGCUGUUUUUAUUGGAUCCCUUGACGACGAGGCUACAAGGUUACAGGAUUCCCUACCUGCUGGACGAUCAUUUGUUUGUAUGAACAAUUCUGAUCUACCUAUCAUAAUAAGACAAGUCUUAUCAUCAUCCGUCAUUUAGUCUCCAGCUUUUAGUUAUUAUAUUAUUAGAGAUCAUUCAUAGCGAACUAGAA